GCGGUUCGUUGCCCAACCCACCAAAAUCCGUCGGAGCACAGAGAGAGAAGUAAAUCAGUGAAGAAGAAGCGGAGGGAGGCGGCCCAAAAAGAAAAAAACGAGUGAAAAUGGAGAAGUACUUUGGGAGUCCAUACAGAGGUGACCCGGGAGUCCCCCACUCCGACCCUGAUCGGUUCGUCAACAUAUGGGUAGGAUCCGCCAUCUUCUCUGCUCUCACCUGGACCAAUCCCUACAUGUGGACACUGUCUAAUCAGUUCAAUUGGCAUGACAAGGCAAUGCUGUUUGAGCAGUAUCACUGGAAGAAAGCACUUGAGAAGGGACAGCCCUACAAAUUCAAGUGGAAUGAGUUGGACAAAGAAGUACGAGACUCGUACUACUUCAACUGGCCUGUCUACUUCCCAUAGCUUGUUCUGCGUUCCUGCAUUUUAUUUCCUUUCAUUAUCAACUCGACACAAUUGUUACGUUUUUGUUCUCAAUUAAUCAAAAGAAACAUCUUCCGGACUUGUGUUUUUAAGGUUGCCGCGAGUACUUAGCUGCAACUGAGAUAGCAUCAGAAUCCUUUUUUUUCUCUUUGGUUUUUUGUUGUUAUUGCUUUUUGCAUGGUUUAUUCUGCUACAUUCUUAUUGAUUUGGGGCUUAUUUUAAACAGCUUGAUAUCAACUA